AUGGAAGCCAACAACAACUCUCGCGCUCUCGAGCACACCAUCGACGCGCCUGGAAUCAGGACCUCAGAGGCUCUGCCUCCUGACAAGGAGGAUGCGGCAACCCAGGGCACGUUAGACCUCAGGCCUACGUCCAACGGUUUGAGCAUCAGAGAUGAGAUUCUACGCCUUGCUGACCACGGAUUGUAUGGGAUCCCGGUGCACAUCAAGAUCGAUGCUCGUGCCAAGAAGCGGAGCCAGUUCCCUCCCACUUACAAGCACAUCGUCACCGUGGGAGAUUGGGAGGAACACAUCGGCGCAGUUCUCGAUGCAUUUGAAAAACCCAACGGAGUGGCCAUACUGACCGGCACGAGCGGUUUGUUUGUCAUAGAUAUCGAUGUGGGAGAGAGCAGCGAUAAAAAAUCGGGAAUGGAAUUCUGGCACGGGCAAGUGAUGGAGCAUGGGGAGCCUGAGACUCUUUCCGUUCGCACGGGGUCUGGAGGGCUUCACUACUACUUUCGGCUCGAUAAAACCACCGGCUUGCACAAAACUACCAAUUUUGCUGGACUCACGCUCGAUGGGGAAAAGUUUGGCGUCGACGGCCGCGGCACCGGAGGGGUGAUUUUUGCACCCCCGAGCAGGUACGGGGAAGGCACGGAUACAUGUUGCGAGUACACGUGGGUGACCGGAGGCAAUGGUAAGAUCAAUGGUAUGCCCCCGUGGCUUGUGAGCCUGAUCAACCGAGGGCGCGCCUCGGAAGGGGUCUCGAGAAAUGCAAACGGCCGAGUGCCUCACCAUAAGGAAGCCGAUUCCGAGGAGGUCGUGCCAAAGGCCGUCGACGACGCAAAGGCUGGCGGCCCUGCAGCCAAGGCGGCUCCGUUUUUGGCGCACGUGGAAGUCAAGCAAUUGCCGAAGCUGCUGGGGCGUCUCACGAUAGCCGGUGCUCUCGAGCAAGCUGGGGGUGGUGCUUUUGGACCCAAGGACCAUCAGCCGUCGAGCCUCAAUAAGCUGGCCGCUAGAUUUUCCAACCCAUUCAUGUUGUCCAACGUGGGCAAGAGCGAUUUCGGAAGUGCUCUGAUAUUCAGCAAACUGUUCGAGCAUGACAGGCGGGUGGUGUACGACUCGGGGAGAUUCUGGACGUGGGAUGCAACGAGUUAG